AUGCAUACUCCACGACACUCGCACCUCCAAUUCGGCACCAUCAACAUCAUGCAGCCGCUCCAAUUCCGAAAGAUCGCCCCAAAGCUCCCUCCCUCGUCUCCUGCUCCGGCGGCAGCGCGUGCGGAAACGCCCGCUGCUCCUUCCCCUCCACCACCCCCGAAGGUGUCCCUGGCAUCAAGCCAGAACGCCGCGCCCGCGAUCCAAGCCCUCGAGACCGCGUGGGUCGACGAGAAGCUGCUCCCCUUCUUGCACUACGCGUGCAUCGACCUCAGCCUUUCGGCAUCGCAGCUCCAGGACUACGCGUCUGCCGCAAGGCUCUGGACUUUCCUCCACCCGACCGCACCCGCCGCUACCGACGAGGAUCUUCUCUUCGAACGCAUCUUCCUGUCGGUGAUGAACCAACACAACACCACCGACACUGAGAUCGCGCCAUACACAACCAGGCUGACCCCGCUCGUCCGCUACCUCGUCCGCCGCGCCAUGACCAAAGGCCCGUACGAACUCCUGGAUCGGAAGUGGACAGGAAGCGAGGAUUGGGCGAAGGAGAUGAAGGAGAGGUACGGAUGCAAGUGUGAUGAGUGUGGGGGAGGCAAGCCGGAGAUAAGAUCGACGGAGGAGAUGCUGGGAAGGGAGCUGCUUGAAUGAGCCUCAGAAGGAGAGGCCGACGAUGGUUGAGGAUAUGAUGCUUUGCGAGGAGGGAAGGCGAAUACCCAUUGUAUUAGAAGCAUACAUCGAAGGACUGGCGUACUAUGGUAGAGAAUUGCACUUGAGCGCAGGGCAACCUGCGGACGACGAUGCAAGGCCAGUCGAAAAGCUAUCGCAAAAAAAGAAAAACGAUUAUGAGAUAU